GGGAUACGUAGACAGCGAGCCGAAGACCGAAGCAGCAAGCAACAAUCAGCUGCCUGUUUGCGAUGGAGGGCUAUCCAGAAAGAAGCUGAGUUUUCCACGACAACCGCUGUCAUUGGCCAGCCCGUUGCUAUCACCCUCCUCUACAAUCAACGUAACAGGCGUGCACCGCAGCACAUCUCUCCCUCUCUCUCUCUCUCUCUCUUCCCCUCCCUUCUUUUUCGUUUCAAAAAGCAGGUCUAUAUCUUCUGCUCAAGAGUUGGUGUGCAAAAGUUUUCAGAAAAGAAAAGAGCAAUCAGCCGCAAUUCUCAAGGCAGAGAGAGAGAGAGAGAGAGAGAGAGAGAGAGACUAGAAUCCAGCUCCCUCCCCUCCAAUAAAACAACAUAAAAGAAAGCUCAAGGUGAUCAUACCCCAACAGAAGGGGAAAAGAAAAAAGAUGGUGGAGAGUGAAGAUUACUCGGCUACAGAAGAAGCAGAUGGCUUCAUGUGGAUGGAUCCUCUCUCCACCAAGAAGGGCAACGCAAAUGAUAAGAAGAGGAGGUUCAGUGAGGAGCAGGUGAAGUCACUAGAGCUCAUGUUCGAGACGCAGACCAAGCUUGAACCAAGAAAGAAGCUGCAGCUCGCAAAGGAGCUCGGGUUGCACCCGAGGCAAGUUGCUAUAUGGUUUCAGAACAAGAGAGCAAGAUGGAAGUCAAAGCAGCUUGAGAGACAGUACGCUGCUCUGAGGGCCGAUUAUGACGCCCUGCUCUCCAAUUUCGAAUCCCUCAAGCACGAGAAACAACUGCUCGCUAAACAGUUGCAGAAACUAGCAGAGCUGCUGGAGAAGCCAAUGGAGGAAAGGGGGAACGAGAGCGACCAAGAGAAAGCAGAUCAAAGGCCAAAUUUGAUGCUGACAGAGAAAACAGAAAUGAGACUCAUGAGUUCGGACGACGAUGAGGAGAAUCGACACACAAGGUGCAGCGAGAAAGAGAAGGAUUUCUUCAGCGGACCGCCAACCGGAGGCUCAUUAGUACCAUCUGAGCAGCAGUUUUGUUUUCAUCAACCCAGUUGGCCUACAGAUCAAGCAUGUGCAAAUUCACAGUGGUGGGAAUUUUGGCCUAUGAAUGAAUAGAUUUGUUGUAUUUUCAGACCAAAGACCAAGACCUAGAAGAGUGAAGAAAAGAGUUUUAUGUGAUCUUAUGUUGUGGCUCAGACAGCAUAAAUCCCGGAAACUGAUGUAAAUAGCUAUUCAGAUCACCUAGGAUCUGCGUAAAAAUUAGUAGUAGUAGUAGUACCUCGUAUUCCUGUAAUAAAAAUAAACAAUCAGUUUGCUAGUGGCAAUUUUAUUCUACCAGUAAA